UUUUAAUGAACAAGCUAUAGUAAAAUGGUGUUGAAAAUAUAAAUGGUCAGGAGCUUUAAACUAUCAAUAAAAGCAAAACAGAUUAAAAUGGUUAAGUAAAAAUAAAUAGAAUAGAAUAGGGAUAUGAUGAAUUACAGAAACAAUAUUAGGUUAGCAAACAAUAUAUGAGUAUAAUGAAUAAUCCCAGUAUAAAUUAGUAAUCACAACUAAAAACAAAGGAAGUAAAUGGUAUUGAAUAAAAUACUAAUAAAAAUCUAGGGUAAGGUUCUAACGAAAUAAUAUCACAAGGUAGUGAUGUUGAUAAUUCGCAAAAGAUAGAUAAAUAAAUAACAGUGCAAAUAAGUAAAAUAGAAUAGAAUUAAGAUCAACUCUUGGAAUAAAAGAAAAAAAGUGAUUAUUUUAGUUUUUAAAAAUCUCAAUUAUCAAAUCUGAAUGAAUGUGAAAAAGCACAAUAAAAAUAUGAGGAUCAAAACUCAAAUUUGAAUGAAAAGACUUCACUAUGCACUGAUACUUCUGAAUCUGGCAGCUAAAAGGAUAAAUAAUAAAUACAAACAUAGGUAUUGAACCAGGAUUUACAAAAUCAAACAAUUAAUCACAAUAAUCAAAUUUCGUCUUCAUCAAGUACGCAAGAAUCUGAAAAUGUAGAUUAAAAAUAAUAAAAUUCUGAUUAUUGUUCUCAGUUAGUUACACCAAAAGGUCAAAAUUCAAGAUUAUCCAUACAUGUUAGCAAAAAUUAGCAAAUUAUAACAACAGGAAAUGAGGAUGCAACAUUUUAAGUGAGCAAAUAUGAAUAAGAUCCUGUUAGAGUAUAAAUAGAAUACAAUAUUAUUAGUCGGGAUUAGUCAAUUAAGAAGUGAAUGCUAAUUAUAUAAGCAUUCCAGUAAAAUAAUCUGAUGAAUUGAAAGUGGAAGAUGAAAAAAAUGGACUUAAAGGCUAAUCAAAAACUAAUACUUAUGCAGAAUUUCUAACUUUUUAAUAAGCUUUGUGUGUUUAAAUUAAAGAAAUGAUUUAGUAAGCAAAAUAAGAUCCAACCAAGAAUAUAUCUUUUAAAACGAAAGGGUUGAAUCCUUAAUCGUUAACAGAUACAGAUAAGACUUAAAAGGAGAAACUAUUAGAGUUUUUUGAUGGAUGGAUUUCAUAUACUGAAGAGUAAUAAAUAAGUAAUAAAUAAGAAACGAAUAUUCCGAAUUAAAAUACCGUGGAUCUUUAGAUUUUGAGACUGAAUGUUUAAAUAGUUUCAUAGAAUUCGUUAAUGUUUAGAAAAUGAAAGAAUUGAAGAAAUUAAAAGAAUUAAUUGAAGAUGAGAAUACUCUGAUUAAUUGGAAAAAUAUUAUGGAUAAAUUAUAAAUUAACGACAUCUAAUUUUUUGUUAUGUUGUGCGCAAUUAAGAAAAAUGAACCAUCAAAUGCUUUUACAAAAUGGUACAUAGAAUGGUGGUUUUAAUGGAAUAAGUCAUCAGUUUUUACCAAAAGCAAAUAUAUAUGA